ACUCGUCAUUCUCCCUCUGACGAAAGAAUAGACGAGAACUUCCGUUGUUUAGUGAACCGUUCGAUAAAACGGUGUUGAAAAAUUGCCGAAAGUUGCAAAUACUGCCCCUUUCCGCUCGUAUUCUGCCAUUGUAGUAGUUGUUUUUUAUGUAGAUUAAAUAUUGUGCAUGGAGUAUUUGGCUUAAGCUCAUCAUAAACGAUGUCUGCGAUGUUCGAGGGGAAUGCCUUGUCAGCCAUGCAGACUUCUCACUGCCACACUCCUCUAAACAAUUACAGUCCUCAAGAGCUGGCUUUAGAAAUCAAAGCUUUCAUCAGUGGCGUUGACCAGACGCAGGGACGUAAACUCAGCGUUCGGGAUCAUGCCCGCUGCGCAGUGCGCCUCCUUCGAACUGUCCCAGCCUGCCGUGGAGCCGUCUUGGAGCACUUAAGGGGAGUGUAUGAUGAAUAUGUUGCAGCCUUUCUGCAAGACCUGGAGGCAGAAGGUGAAAAUGGUGGUAACAGUACAAGUGGAGGCAGCACCAGUGUAUCCAAUUUGGAGGACGUUAUUAAAGAAAUCCAUGCAGUACUUUCUGAAUUUAUCAAGCUUAGUCCUAAAGCUUGGGCUCCUCUUGUGUCCACAUGGGCUGUUGACCUUCUUGGUCAGCUUAGCAGCAAGCAUGCAGGACGAAGAGCGGCUCCUCACUCGUCCAGCCUAAAUGAGCUGCUGCAGCUUUGGAUGUCAUGCGCAGCCACUCGCUCACUUAUGGAGUGCUACUCCCAGUGUCUAGCGGCCAUGUUGGCCUGGUGCCCCGAUGCCUGUGUGGAUGCCUUGUUGGACACCUCUGUCCAGCACUCCCCUCAUUUUGACUGGGUCGUUGCCCAUAUUGGUUCAGCUUUUCCUGGCACCAUCAUCAGCAGGGUGCUGGCUUGUGGCCUCAAAGACUUUUAUGCGCAUGGAUAUUCCUCUGCUGAGAAGAUCAACCAACAGCAGCCAAUAGACAAGAGCAGCAGAGUCCCCAAAAUAGGCUCAGUGGUUGGUAUCCUGGGGCACUUGGCCUCCAGACAUUCUGAUAGCAUCAAGAAAGAGCUUCUCCGGAUGUUUCAGGAUAGUCUGUCUCCGCCCCCUCAAAAUGUACCCCCGCAUUCAUCCGGGGCAGGCGGGUGGGAGAACUCCCCUCAUCUCCGUAGGGCCACUGUACCUUUUUUGCUUCAACUGGCUGCUCUUUCCCCCACUCUCCUUGGUGCCGUUUCUGCAGAACUGGUAGAGUUCCUCAGACCGCCUGUGCUAAUUCAACUCCAGGCUCAGUUCCAGGCCUUUCCCCGGGAGGAGCUCGAGAAUAUGUUGAGUCUAGCGGUGCAUCUCAUAAGCCAAAGCCCUUCAGGUGGAGCAAGGGUGCUGAAGUUCCUUGCAGACACUGCUACACCAUCGUCAGUGAUCAUAUCAGGCCCUACACCCUCUCCCCAUGAUAGUAUUCGAGAAGCCUGUGACCGCUUACUGCAAAUGCUUCUGCUACAUCUUCACAAGCUGGUGCACAACAGACCAGAGGGUGAUGAACCAUUCCCACAGUCCUCUGCUGCCCCAGCAAUGCUGCAAGUGAUCCCAUUUCUAGAGGAGCUCCAGGAAAACAUAGGUGAUCUGUGCGCCGAAACCCUCCGUCUUGAGCGGAAGAGGCACCUCUGGUUGCAUCAGCUCCUGUGUCUGCUAUCCGUGUAUGGUGGCCCGAGCGUGGCCACUGAAGCUUUGUGUCAGCUCUUCACCCAAGCCCGAAACCCAGAGGAGCUUGCUCUGGCCUCGCAAUUGUACACCCCACUUUCCACUUCACUUUCCGGGUUGCUUCCAUCAACAAUAGCCCGCUGUGUUGCCCAGAUCCACACUCAAACCCUUGACAACAAACAGUUGGCUCAGCUCCUGAACAACCUGGGUACUGCGGUACAGAGUCAAGAGGAGGAUCGGAAAAAUGGAGGGGCUGCAACGGGGAGUUCGGCUCAGUCAUCGAUGGCCGCACAAGUCAGAGUUGCCAUCUCCAACCACCUUCAGGAUUUCUGCCCUUUCCUUCUUCAUGGCGACACAGUGGUCUCCAAGGCAGCUGUCCGUCUGCUUUCGUGUAGCCAGCUUCCCAGAGCUUGCUCUCCAGCUCAUCUGUUGCUGAUAUGCAGAGCGGCAGUGUCACACUUCUUUGUGUGUUUACGACAGCAAGGGGAAAGUCUUAGGGUAGGGGAAGAGGAGGUGGGCUACUCCAUGCGACUGUUGUCACGUCUUGCAGCCUACUCUCCCUUAACGCUUAAAGCUGUGCUGCAACAACUAGUGGAGGGAGCCCUGCACAGAGGCAACCGAGACUUAUUUGGAGGUCUGCAGGAGAACCCAGGUGAUGACACCACACAGUCAUCCAACCUUGUUCCAGACUUGGGCGUCUCCCUCUUGGACAUCAACUGCAAAUUUGGCACCUCUGUUAACUUCUCGGGUAACGUGUGGUCCGUGUUUCAUGCUGGAGUAAUUGGAAAGGGUUUGAAACCUCCGUACACCCCUUCCCAACCUGACCCAGAUAGAGUCAAUCAGAAUAUGCAGACCUUGUUUGCGGUCAUGGUUCAGUGUUGUAGUUCAGGUGGAGGAAGCCCUAGUGGCAAUACUAGAAAUGGUUCUGCUGGAGGUACCACUAAUGGCCGCUUCCCUGCCAGUGAACCUCUCAUUUCUGAUGAACUUCCCCCAAUUAAUGCUGAGGCUGCAAAGGUAAUUGCUGUAACUCUGGUGGAGAACAUAUGUCCAGAUGUAGCAAAUGGAGAACUGUCCUGGCCUCCAGAAGAACAUGCUAAAACCACAGUUGAGCGAGACAUACACAUUCGUCGUUGCUUCGAAGGAAAUCCUGUGCUGUUCCAUCUUCUCCGUGUUGCUGCAGCUGGACGUCCAGCUCUGUGCUACUGCUCCGUCAUUUUAAGAGGUCUACUUUCCACCUUACUGGCUCACUGGGAAGCAUCAAGGGAACCAUCAGUGUUGGACUCCCCCUGGCACCUUCAGACCUCCUGUUUGCUCGUAUCAUGUAUGGGUGAAGGUCAGCUACUACCACCAGUGUUGAGUAACAUCCAUGAGGUUUUCCCUCACAUCUCAUCUUUUGAAGUUAGGCUUCUGCUGUUGGGUGUAUGGGAGUACAUGCGGGGGAACAGCCCAAUGCCGCAAAAAUUCACCUUCUGUGCUGACCAAGGACUUUUCUUUCGGGACUUUUCUCGGGACGGUGAUGUUGCACGCUAUAUUGCACCCAUCCAUAGUGUUCUUCAUAAGAACAUUGACCGCCUGGGACACCUUUGUUGGAGGUUUCAAAUUUGACAACUGUCAAAUUAUGAGAAGUGGUGUUCUAAGGUCACAGACUUCUUGGAUUCAGAUAUUUUUCUACAUAUUGUUAGCUUAGGUGUUAAGUUGAUAUUUCUACAUUUUAAGAGUUUUCAGUGUCAAAAAAUAGUAACAGAAAACCGCUUUAAAGCCUAAUUGUGACCGUGUAAGGAACUGCUUCUCUGUUAACUAUCACAUCUGUUUUUGUAUCUAGCAUUUAUAUCGUCUAGCUUUCUGUAGAUUUUUUUUAAGCACUGAAAACCAGGCAGUGUGAUCAAAAAUUCUGUUUUUGCAAUUCUGCACAUUGUCUCUGUUGAUGUUGGGUGGGCAACUGUAAAAAUAAAAAAUGUAUUAAAAUGCC